ACUCCUCUCACGCGGCAGCAGUAAUCUUUGGCCAACUCAAGAAACCCAUUACAAGAGUUAUGGGAAAACGAAAGCUAUUGAAUAAAAAACGCAAGGAUGUCAAUUCACAGACACAAUCAAAACGCCAAAGGCAAAUUGAUGAUGAGCAUCAAACCUUAACGCCUACUCAUGUUGAGCACACACAAUCACAACUUGAGGAUCCGAUUCAAAUGGAGGAUAAUUUUCCCUCUCCCAUACAUUCUAAUGAUGAAGUUCCUUCCCAACAUCAGCAGUUGCCAGAAGAAAUUGGGCAUUCACUAAGGAGAACUCAACAAAAAAGGUUUCGUGGUCCCACUUUUAUGCCUGAUUUGUGGGAACUGCCAGCCAAGGAAUGUAUUCUGGUCGAAUUAAAUGAUUUCGGCCAACCGAUCGGGGAGGAAGCAUGUUCCCUCACGCGAUUCAUAGGGGUCUUAGUUAGAACUCACACAUAUGCUCCGAUAGACAUUAAAUCUUGGAAAGAAAUGCCGCAAGAAUAUAGGGAUGCGAUGCUGACUUUGAUUGAGUCAAAGUUUCAAUUUACACCACAUCCCUUUGAAGCAACGAAAACGUGGAUCCUUAGGGACAUGGCUAAUAAAUGGAGGCAAUGGAAAAGAUAUUUGAAAGAGAAAGCCUAUGAUCCGACCAAGAGUAGGAAGGAGAUGGCAAAGAACAUUCCUGAUACUCGAGUUGAUAAAAGACAGUAUAGAAAGCUUGUUAAAUAUUGGUGCAGUAAAAAAGCAAAGAAGAAAAAAGAAGGAGUUACCCCUUCUAGGGCAAAAGUCUACAUUACUACUCGAACCUCUGAGCAUGGUGGGUUUUUGUCGAAUGAGACACAAGCUACAGUGGAAAAAAUGGACACUAUGAUCGCUCAGGAUGUUGAUUAUGAGAACACGCUAGGUACUGAAUCAUGGGAAGAUGAUUUAUACUCUAAAGUAAAAGGAAUUGACAAGGGAGGUCGUGUUCGAUGUAUGGGAAUGAUUUCAAAAUCAUUGAAAACUACUACGCCCAGGGUUGACAAAUUGAAAGAACAAAUGGAAUUUAUGGCCAGGGUUAUGAAUGACUUUGUAACUGGGAUAAAAGAGCAAUUUCCGGAUAUCAUUUUAAGUUCCAACGUCGUGGAAGCCGUGGAAUCUGCACAACAAAUUGUUAGAAAACAGGUUCCCAAUGCAAGAAAUGCCCCUAAUAUAAAUAUAAAUAGAGAAAUACAUUCUCCGGAAAUAACAGAUCGUGCCGUUCAAGAUGGGCAACUUGCAGAUAUUUAGUGGAUGGGAAAUUUAUUAGUGGAUAUGCAAUAAGAGUUUUUAGACUACUUUUGGACUGCUGCUCAUCAUUUUGAUAAUUUAAUAUUUAGAAUUAUAUUGUUGAACACUUUUGUGUAGAACAUCUAAUGUCAUUGUUUAAGAAGGUUAUGCUCAUUAUUUCCCCCUUUAUUAAUUAAUAUCCCAUGAUGAGUUUCAAUCAUAAAUUUGUGAGCUUUUUUUCAAACUCCAUUUGUUGUCAUUGUGGAUCCUGGAUGGCACAUUUUUUGAUAAUCAAGUUCCAUAUUUUUU